UCUCGCGCAUUAUGAGCCAAACAGCGGGCGCACGACUGGAGCAAUUGAAACAGCAGCUCAACUUGAGCUCGUCCGCCAUGUCCCGCGAAGCGCCAAAGGACAUGGCCGAGGAACGCGCCGCUGCCCGAUUCGAUAUCGACGCCUUGGCUCAUUUUUGGGCCGGCGGAAAAGCGUCAUAUAACCUCAGACAACAAGCCUAUCGCGAUAUCCAAUACGAUCCACAGCUUGUAAUUCAACCGCCACGCAAUGUCUUGGAGUUUUCACGAUCGGAAUUACGCGAAUUCACCAUGGGCCAGAUCUAUCGACUAGCUCAAAUCGCUCAACAAUCCGACGAUGCAUCGUACGUUCACGAACUACAGCAAGCGGUGCACGUCUAUUCUGAAAGUCUGUCCAUGCGCAUCGGGGUUUCCGACAGUCUAUUUCGCAAUGUUGUCAUGAUGCUCGGCACCAAGGAACAACAAGCCAAAUGGAUAGACGCCGUGGACAACUAUCGCAUUCUAGGUUGCUUUGCCAUGACCGAAUUAGGCCACAGCUCUGCGUUGCGUGAUAUUGAAACGGUGGCUACGUACGAUCAAUCCUCUGACGAGUUUAUUAUCCAAUCUCCGAGCAUCACAUCGACGAAAUGGUGGAUUGGCAUGGCGGGACAGACAGCAACACAUGCAGUGGUUAUCUGUCAGACUGUGAUCCGCGGCCAAUCUAUGGGUCAUAAUUGGUUUGUUGUCCAGCUGCGUGAUAAGAUAAAUGGUCAACUGUUGCCGAAAGUGAAAGCCGGCGAUAUCGGUGAAAAAGUGGGUCAUAAUGGCGUGGAUAAUGGCUGGAUUCAGUUUGAUCAUGUUCGCGUGCCUCGAUCGCAUAUGCUGUCCAAGUGGGUGAAUCUGGACCGUGAUGGUAACUUUGAGCAAGCUCCCAAUCCGGCCGUCAUGUAUGCGACGUUGAUUCCCGAACGGUUGGCUCUCGUCCGAUUGACGGUCCAGCUGGUCACGCAAGCUUUGGUUAUCGCAUGUCGCUAUGGCGUCGUGCGUAGGCAAGGUCCAAAAAAUCAACAGAUCAUGGACUAUCAAUCGCACUAUGUGAAAUUAAUCCCGGCCAUCGCUUUCAUGUAUAUGGCACGAUUUUCCGCCGAUACCCUUCACCGUCAAUUUGAAGUACUGACCGCCAGCGGCAAUAUGGAUCGAACGACUUAUCUCAAUCAUAUGGGUGAUAUGCAUGCGAUUUCGGCUUGUUUUAAAGGGUUGUCUGGAUAUUACAGUACCGAUAUUCUGGAAACCGUGCGUCGUUCGUGCGGCGGGCACGCUUAUUCAGCCUAUAACGCGAUUGGCAGCAUCGUUGCCGACCACGCUGUCAUGACGACCGGUGGUGGCGAUAACGUGGUUUUGUUACAGCAGACCACGCGCUUUUUGCUGUACCGUCUGUCCCAGAAAACGCAUCCUCAACUUGAUUUCAAGAGCUCCACUCACUAUCUGUUACAGCCCAAACGGUAUUUGGCCCUGUCAACAUGGCCCGUCACCGAUAUGGAUACAUGUCUCGAGAAUUUGCAUGUAAUUGAAGAAGCGCUGUAUGCGAUUCUUGUCAAACGUCUUGACAGCAUUCAAAAGGCUCAAAAAGAGGGCCAGUCGGAAAACGAUUUGCUCCUUGAAUCCGUUCGUGUAGCCGAACUGCAUUGUGCAGCUUUCCUAUUUUCUGACAAUGCUGCCCGAUUUUCAACGGACCGUCACCCCGAUGAAGACACCAACGGUGUGAAAACCAUCCUACGCCAGCUGACCGCAGUUUGGGGCCUCCACGUCAUGCAUACCUACAGCGAUCAAGGCUUCAAAGAAGGAUUCUUCUCCCCGCACCAAAUCAAGGCCAUCGAGGCAGCCUAUAUCAAGUUGUGCAAAUCACUUCGAAAACAAGUGAUUGGUUUGACAGAUGCGUGGGGAUAUCCAGAUUUUAUCCUCAAAGCACCUAUCGGCAAAUACGAUGGCAAUAUUUAUCAGGCCUAUUUCGAAACCGUGUUGCAGGCCCCUAACAGCACAGGCGUACCAUCUUAUCACAACAAAUAUAUCCGACCGUUGACCGAAAGAACUCGUUCCAAGAUCUGAACUUAUACCAUGCACAAAUACAUCUGCCAUUUCAAAAUCAAUAAGAUAUAU